AUGCUAGGAUGGAACUAUGCAAAUUGUUUGCCGUAUUUCCGUCGCGCACAAACUCACGAACUUGGCCCGGACGACUAUCGAGGUGGGGAUGGACCGUUGUUUGUCUCACAGGGCAAAACCAAUCAUCCAUUACACCAGGCAUGGUUAGAGGCCGGUCAACAGGCUGGAUAUCCGUUUACCAGCGAUAUUAAUGGCUAUCAACAGGAGGGGGUGGGCUAUUUUGAUAUGACUGUAAAAAACGGCAAGCGUUGGUCCACCGCGGACGCUUAUCUUCAUCCCGCGUUGAAAACCAGACAGAAUUUGUGCUUGACCACGGGAGCCCUGGUCACUCGUGUUCUGUUCGAUAAAAAUCGAGCAAUCGGAGUGGAAUACAUCAAAAAUGGUCAACUGUGUGAGGUGAGUACAUCGGAAAUUCCAUGUUGUUUGCUGUGUUGA